CACGCACAGUUCACAGAAGCGCACAUUUGCAUUGCGGAUUGUUAUUGUUUUGUUAUUGUGUUAAUUGUGUACACUUGUAAGGACAAACGCUUUGAACAGCAUGAGGAAAAACAACCUGAAUGUCAUAUACUGAUGGUACCCACUGGAUUUUUAAAGUGUAACCCGCACAUUAAGGCAGAACACAGAUAACUGCAGCUAUGUAAAUUGCUCGCGCACGGGAUCGGAAUUGUCUCGCGGAGAAACACAAGGAUCUCAUUUAUCACAAAACAUGACGAUACAGCGGACGUACAGCUUAUAACCUUUGCUCAGCCCCAGAUGCCUCCACUCCCUCUUGACGAGCGCAUAGUGGUUAUUCAGCGCCCAAAAAGUUUGGCCUUGCGUGUGGCCUCCCCACCAACCACAUCACAGUCUUCCUCACACCGCCCAUCCACUCACAACGAGCCUCCACGCCGCCUACCACAACCCCAAUCCCCACCACCCCGUUCCCAUCCAGGUUCCAAGUACCUGUCCCUGGAAUGCAAGCGCAAACAAUCAUCACAUGUUCAAAGAGAUAAAGGAGAACAAUGUGCUCCCUUUGAGGGCAGCAGCCACAAUGCUAGCCAUUGUCACAGCAAUGGGACAGUAACUUUAGGUCCCAGACCUCGCAAGCACACGCAUACCAUUGAUAUUAAAGUGUCUUUGGACAACAGUGGAAGAGGAGGAUCUUACAUAGACAAAGGCCGUAGUAGUCUUACCCGAAGUGGAAGCAUCAGGGGGAACAGAACUAAACGGGUGUCCCUGCAAUUGGAUCCAGGGCAAGGUGAAAGGAAAUGCAAAGGAAAGUCUUCCGAAUCAGUGGAGAAGCACCAGAACCAUCAUCAGAGUCAAAACAGGACUCAACACAGUAGCCAUCAUCCAAGCCAACUUAAAGUCUCUCCUGGAGGGAUCUUGGAAUUCGUACCAGCGCAAAGACAACAGUCAAAAUCCAAGCCAACAAGAGAGAGCGACUUGUCAUCAAAGUCUUGCUCUGCAACUGCCAGCUACCCUUUGCACAGUGAGAGGAACGUAUCAUCUGUGGGAAACAAAGAGAACUCCAAACUGGGACCCGGCCACCAACUGCCACAGGCCCACAGUCUAUCCCGUCACCACAGUUUAGCCCCAUUACCCCAUGCUGCCAUCCUAAACCCUCACUAUCCUGCUGUACCACCCUCACUCCCUUCCCGAGCCCCUUCCUCCUACCAGCACAUCAGUCAACCCCGUCCCUCACACACUAGAGAACAUCGUCCCCAAAUUCUUCACACAUUACCCCUCUCCCCUACUUCCUCCCAAGGAGGCUUCCCCAGUCCUGACCACACAUGUACAAUUGACUUUUCCCACCCCUGUGGCUGUUGGAGGUCGGUGCGUUGUAGAAGAGGUAAAGGUCACUCCGCCGGCUGCCAGGGUCAUAGUACAAGCCCAUCCUCUUCAUUUUCUCACACCCAAGGAACAAGUGCUGCCAGUAGAGGUGGCGGAACCAUGGGAUUGAAAACUUUAGGAGGGUGUCUGUCAACUGCUUCCACCACCAACACCUCCUCUUCCAACAGCACUGUCUCGGACUGUCGCACAGGGCUGUUCAGACCUUUGGGUUGUGCAUCCUGUUCUGGAGAAGCUGGAGGUUUUGAGAGCCCUGCUGGUUUCCGUAAGAAACUGGUUGGGGGUUGUUUACCCUGUACUCCCCUGUCCUCAUCUGCACCUCUUCGAGCACUCCAGAGUUGCGUCAGUGGGUGCAAUCCCAAAGCAAGCCAAACUGGCAGCUCCACAUGCAGUUACUGCAGUAGUGACCCCAUUGUAGUGACCUUUAACCCACACAGAGGAAAUCCUCCCAACAUGGGGCGUAAUAUUGGUGCACAUACCAUGGGAGGAUUCCAGCCUGAUGAUGAUGAUUACAGUGUACGCACAAUUUGGCCAGAGGAGCUAGCAAAGAAGAUGACUCGCUCUAAAACCCAACCUAUCCACCACAAUACAAGUAUUGGAAUGGGCUCAGGGAGAACCUGCAUGGGCCACAACCAGAAUAGUGGCAAUGAUGGCAAUCCUGUAAUCUUGGACUGCCGGAACCUAAUGGAGUUCACUCGUUCCCAGUUGACAGAUCAGGCAGGACGACGGAGGCUCCAGCAAGGCAAGAUGGCAGUUUUGGACUUUAUUGGAUCAGGGAAUAGUGGGGACCAGGGUAGAGAUUCCCUCAAGCGGCUUUGGAACAAAGGAGCAGAUGCUUGCAUGGGGGAUGGCAACGGCUUUGAUGUCGAAGUGCUUCCAAAAUCCCCAUCCCUUCGCUCUCCAUCUACGGAUUCCCCUACAUCCUUCUCACCCCCACCCUCUGCUCCUAGCACGCUUAAUAAGCCCAAACCCAAACAGCGAGAGAGGGAGGUUGGACACACCUUACCGUCUACACAGUCGCUCCAUUUGGUCCUCAACUCACUCAACAGAGAACAAGAUGAGGAAAAUGGACGAGUGCACCUUUCCCUCCCCCUUUCUUCAUCCCUCCCAGCAUCAUUAUCUGAGGAAAGUGUUAUGACCCCAGAUGUGGAGAAUGCUGUGAUUAGCCCAAUCCUCCCUUUCCUUUUCCUGGGCAAUGAGAGAGAUGCACAGGAUUUGGAUCUACUACUUCAUCUCAACAUUGGCUUUGUGGUCAAUGUCACAACCCAUCUUCCCCUCUACCACCUGGACACAGGUUUGGUGCAUUACAAAAGGCUUCCAGCUACUGACAACAGCAAGCAGAACCUGCGACAGUAUUUUGAAGAGGUUUUUGAGUUUAUCGAGGAAGCUCACCAGUGUGGACGUGGUGUUCUUGUGCACUGCCAAGCAGGUGUGUCCCGCUCGGCUACUAUAGUCAUUGCUUACCUGAUGAAGCACACCCUCAUGACCAUGACUGAUGCCUAUAAAUAUGUUCGGGGCCGACGGCCAAUAGUCUCUCCCAACCUCAACUUCAUGGGCCAGCUGCUAGAGUUUGAGAGAGACCUCAACUCUGGGGUAACACCUCGCAUCCUCACCCCCAAACUGAGUGGCCUGGAAACACAAGUUUAAAAGGAUGGUGCAAGAAAGAAAUUUGUGGGAAAACGAGCGGGGAGAAGGAGAUAAAUAGAAGAUGGAAUUGGUGGAAAUAAAAUAGAUGGAUAAAAAAAAAUUUGGAUAAGAAUUAAGCCAUUAACAAUAGCAAACAGUUGAAAUUGAGGAUUUCGAGAGAGAGAGAUGACAGAAUUAACUGAUGAUGAAAGCAGUCUAAAAGAAAUAGAGGAAACUGUCUUGGUCUAUUUUAAUUGAAGUACCUCAACUCUUUCUGUUUCAUACAAAUAGCACUUAUAUGACGACUGGUAAAUGGAUGUUUGUGCUACCCACACUGAUACUCUGUUAAUUAUGUACUAUUAUCAAGCUUGGUUAAAUACAAAGGCUGUAUAAAAGUAUUUGGGUGGAAACAAAUGCAAUCAAAGAACUCUCUGGCUGUCAAACACAGAAAAAGAUCAGAUGCGUUGAGACUCUCAGAACAGUGACAUGCAUCACAUUUGAGACCCAAGAGCUGUAGCAAACUUCAAACUCCUUUUCCACUGUGCACAGAACUUUUCUAGACAGAUUAUUUUUUGAUUUGGGAGAUCACUUAAAGGCCCUUUUGGGUUACUUUGCAUUAGCUGCCGACUAUUUAUAAAUUUCUCCACUGACAUGAAGAUUCAUUUUGCCUUUGAAAUUUUUUUGAUACUGCUAUUUUUGUUACUUGAUUUUACAUCUUGCAUUCUUUAUCUUAGUGUCUUUGUGCGGGAGGUGUGCAAUAGUGUUGUCUGGGAAGCAGAACGGAUUUAUUUUCACUUGGACAUUGUUUCACUAAUAGACAUUGUUUUUAUGGGACAUAAACCAGCCAUUCUAAUGGCAGAUAUAAUCCAAAAAUCAUAUAUUUCUUUUUUAUUUCCUGCUUAUGAUAUUUUUUUAUAAAGCACUGUGUAAUGAAAACAUUUGUUAAUAGCAAAAGUGGGUAAUAGACUAUUGUGCUCCAAAUGGUGAGGAGAAAGAUCUGGUGGGACUGAAUUUAACAUUUUAAUAAGGAAUAUGUACACUGUUUAUUACUGUGCAAAAUUACUGUGACUGGAGCAGAUUGGGCUGGGUCAUCAACAUAAAUCUUACUCUUAAGUAUAAUUUUAAUUUGAAAUUCAAAAUUGCACAUCAAAGUGACCAUUAGAUAUUUAUAGUUUAUGCAAAAUCAGUAUGAAAGUUCCAAGCUGAUAGUGUGCAGGUGUUUUCUGUCAUUUGCAUUUCUGUCAUAUUCAGCUCAUUACAUAAGAGAAAUGAACACUCUUAUCAGCUUUAAUGCCUGCCCUGUUUUUUAAACAGCCUGCCUAAUUUGCCCAUGAUCAGAUUUCUGUGCUUUCAGGACUGUAGGCAAAAAAUCUGGUUUUAUAUUAGCUGUCACAAAUGAAACAAGAGCCCCU